AAUUACCUCUGGGUCAUCCCAAGUGACCUGCCCAAGCUGUCCCAUAAGAUGUGUGCCAUAGUUUUGCAUAUGGCCCAGUACUUUCAUUUUAGUGCAAGACACUGGAAAGCAUAAUGACCCAUCGUUAAUAAUCCCCAAUGUGUGUAGGGAAAUCAUACAAUAGACCAUAGUAACCUACUUCAAACUAGCUAUGUGUGAAUAAGUAACACUGAAGUUCUCCAGAUUCCACCUCCAAACUCAUCCCAACUUCUCUUACAAGAUUGCAAGUUUUUCUUAUUUACUUGACAACUUAUGCAUAUUUUCAUGCACUUUUUCCACCAGUUGCACUUAUUUGAGAUACACACUUUAUUUUCUUCCCACUGCUUAAAGCACAUUCAUGGGCGUUUUUUCCAAAUGCAGACUUGCCCUGCUAAUUUCUCAAAUGGGCAUAUUUUUAGACAAAUGUUUUUGUUCCACAAUUGCAUCACAAGCUCAAAAAACGUGCAAGCUUCAAUCAUAGUAUGCAUUUGAGUCUACAUAGGCUUCUGGUACGUACGAACUAAAUAAAUUCUGGUCAAAACUGAAUUCCUCUUACAGCCCUACCUCAACCUUAGUCCAAACUUUCGCAGUUCACAAAAGCUUGGGUUUUCCCCCUUCUUCUUUCUUUUAAAUGGCAUUAUCCCUGUUUUUAAAAGUUCGGAAACUACUCUCCUAUUUCUCUUUCCCAUGAUAUGAACUGAAGGGAAGCAGCAGCUGUUAUUGUACUUCUACCAUUGUUUUCCUUUUGUUCUUGCAGUUUGCCGCUUCUGCCGCCACCCUUAUUCUCACCGCUGGUUUUAAGCCGAGCAGUCCUUUUAAAUCCCCCUUGCUGCUUUCUUUACAUUUCCUCCACCCACAGGUGAUGAUGCAGUCUCGCAAUAGCUCCGCCCCCUCCCCUUUACCCUCUCUCUCUCCCUCCCUCCCAUUGGAAGGGCUAAGCUUCCCUUAGCCAGCCUGCCCUUAUUUAAUUUGAAGUGUGAUUUUGCUAUUUUUAGCUUCUGGAUUCUCUCCAGAAAGACUUAAAGGGGUUUUUUCCUCUCUUCAUUUUUUUUAAUUCUGCAAAUGAUUUUGACCCAGCUUCCUUCCUCUUGGAACAUUUUUUAAAAAUUUAUAUAAAUAAGAGGGGGCCUGUCUGCUCUCUCUCCCUCUUUUUUUUUUCCACUGCGAGUCUCUGCCUUCUGCUUCAGAUCUGCAUUUGCAACCAUCAGCAGCCAGGAGGGGGGUUUAUUUUAAUUUCAUCACAACACACAAGGAAAAAACAUACACAGAUUCGCGAAUAAGAGCAAUUGUAGAUUUGACUUCAGUGACCAGCAAGUAGAUGCCGAGGGUGGGCAGAAGGAAGAUGAGUGAAUCCAGUGCAAAAUCGAGCCAAACUCUGGCUGUCAAACAAGAUAAGGAUGCUUCUGAGAAGAGAGGACGAGGGAGGCCCAGGAAACAGCCUCAGCCAGAACCCGCCGAGGCGCCAGCACCUAAAAGACCACGUGGCAGACCAAAGGGGAGCAAAAACAAGGCCUCAACAAAGGGAAGGAAAGCUACUGUAACAACAUCUGGGAGGAAACCUCGAGGCCGACCCAAAAAAUCAGAAAAGGAUGAAGAAGAGGUCAACAUCUCCCAGGAGUCGUCAGAAGAGGAGCAGUGAAAAUAGCCAACUGAUUCUACCUCACAGUUCAUUUUUCCUAUUUCUUGUCGAGUUCUGGGACUGAGGAAGGAACAAAGAAUCCUCACCCCUUCCCUGACCCCCACCUCUUCAAUGUUCUUGCAGUCAAAACAGCAACACUGGAGUACAGUGUGAAACAAAUCAGUCAUCGCAUUUGAUGUAUAAUGUUUAACGGGAAAACCAUGUAUGGUUCACCCUUCUCAUUUGACAGGGUUAAAAUUUUAGCCUACCAGUUCAUGUAAUUCUGUGUCAACCUUUCACAACCUGGUGCCCUCCAGAUAUAUUAAAUUGCAACUCCCAUCAUUCUGAGCUGGUACUGAUGAAAUGUCAAAAAACAUCUGAAGGUUGCCAGAUUAGGGAAGGUUGUUCUUUAUUUUGUAUGUUUUUUGGCCUAUCUCUUCAGUACACUCCUUGUAGAGAAAGGGGUAUAUAAAUCUUUAUGGUAACCACUUAUUCAUGUUGAAAAAGAGUGGACAGCCUAAUUAUUCCUGAAAUCAACCUGAUUUCCCUUUUACAGAGACCAUACCAUCCUCCAAAAUGAUACUUGGCAAUGGCAGAAAGUUAUGCCAUGGAGGAGAAUUGGGGAUAUUAUCUGCAUUUAUUCUGGGAUGUCAGUAUGGUGAGAAAAACCACAACACUGAAAAGGAGGAAGGCAGUAAUUGUUUCCUAUUGUAAGCCAUUUGCCUAGGUCCAGGUUUUAGAGGAUGUUAGCUUGCCUUUUCUCACUCCAUUUCCUGUGGUUGAAGCAUAAUAUGGCUCUUCACAGUAGCCCUGUAAUUUGUUGAUGGCACGCAACUUGGCCCCAACAAGCUGCCUUGGAGCCCAAAUACUUAGGCUUGCUAUUGGUAAAACUGCUGGGGUCUGUUCUUUUAUUCUCAUCUGCCAAUGGGAGCUCUUUCCAAUAACCACAUAACAGUCCCUCCCAUCUACUCCCACUGUAACUCCAACUGCCCACUCUCAGGUCAGAAAGACUUGCAAGUGGGAGCGUACAACUUGACAGUUCUUUGCCUUGGUGCUUAUUCAUUCUGCACAGAAAGGAGGACUAUUGGAUCUCCUUUGACACCAGACAAGUGUUUGUCAAGACCAUGGAAAGCAGGAUGACAAAUUCCCUCCCCCGGCCCCCAGUCUCUUCUGGUUUUGGUGAUGUUCUCAGUUGAUAAUAGCACAGUUAGAGUGUUAGCCACAGUUGUCUUUUCAAAACAUGUUGUCUAUCAAGGUUUUUCUCUUUCCUUCAUUCACAACUACCUCUGGAUAAUUUAAGUUUCAUUCUCUUAAAACAUGGAGUUGCUGCUGUUUGUUGCUGCUGCUUCUGAUGCUGCUGUACUGGUUACAAAGUUUUAUUAUUCCAACAGGAUCUGUCUGGUUUUUCUCUGGAACUGACAUAAUACACUAUAGAUAAUUUAGUUUGAGUUGACUUUUAAAACUAUUGUGCUAUUAAAGGGAUAAACACUUAAUUUGUCAGACUGAUGAGUGAUUGGGGAAGGGGGGAGUUCUUUGAGAAUUGGCAUCAUUUCAAAGGAUGGUUUAUUGACAUGUUCAGAUUCCCAAAAUCAGAAUUGCUUCUGAAAAGGGUUAUUCAAGCUCCUUGGGCCUCUUUGCUCAAAGAAACCCAUCUCUAUUUUUUCCCCUAAUAAUAGACUAUAGGCAACUGCAAUGAAUAGCUUUUAAGAGCAUUUCUGGGGGAGGGGGGGUGCUUAGCAAAGGCUCAUUCUACCAACAUGCCUGACAACUGCAAGCCAUGUUGAAGCUUGUGUCAGUUCCUGUGCUUCAGUAUGAAGACACAUAAUGGGUACAUUGUCCAUGUGAAGGUGAGACCCUGGUACAGCUCAAAUCUCAAAUGGCUUGGACCUCAUUUGAUUUGAGUAUUUGUUUCACAUGCAUUAAUUACACUCUGGUUUAGAACCACAUUGCUCAAAGAUGCUGCUCAGUGGAUAUAGCCCUAGCAUGGACUUCCUGUUGGAUGUUAACUUCUCUGUGGGGAGAAAACAGCAGAAGAUUGAGAACUUCUUGAACUGCUGUAAGAUUUUAGUAAUUGCUGGAGAGAUGGUCUUUCACCUGCCAAGACCAAUAAAUAGUUCUGCCUCUAUUUUGCCUAAAUACUGUUUUAAGAAUAAUUCAGUGAUGAUCCUGCUGCUCUGAGACUGGCAUCUUUCUACAACCAGGUUGGCAUUAUUUGCACAAAGCCUAAACAAAUCACUUCUUCAGUUUCCAGGUUGAAGAUUGAUGUGAUGGUUAAAUAAUAUGCCAACAUGAAGGGGAGUCUAACUUCACUAUUUGUCUGCCAUUGGCCAGCGACCUGUCCUCUUUAAUUUUACAAUUUUAUAGUUGACAUACCGGGGAAGUUGCAAGCAAGGAGCAGUUUUUAUUUCUGCCUCAAACAAUGCAAUCCAAUGCACAUCCACUCAAAUAAGUCCCACGAGGCUCUGUGGGACUUACUCCAAGGUAAGGUGUAUAGGAUUGCAGUCUUAAACUAUUAAAGAGCUAGACAGUUCUUUCCCCAUCUUGCUUGAUCUUUUCAGUUAGCUGAAGCCCUGGGUCUGAAAGCAGGUUUUUUGGAUUUUUUUUCUGAGGACAGUGGUGUUGGAAGUUGCCUUAAAGCAACUAUGCAAGAAUGCACAGGGAUGGAAGAAAGAUGGGGUGACCACUGGUUUUGUGGGUUGUGUGGAUCUCUGAACCAUUGCUAACAACUUGAUACCUUUUGCCCAUUUGCAAUUUACUUGAAUAAACAUUAAUUGAUGUUUCAAA